UUUAAACAAAAAACAAAAGAAAGAAAAAUAGCUAAACAAACUUAAACACCCAACCCUCCUUCCUCUUUAAUUCUCUGGUCCUUGUCCUAAAACCCUAAAAAGAGUUGAAGGGGAAAAGCUAAAUUGGUCAACAAUUUGGUUAUUACUCUCAAACCCAAUAUCUCAAUUUUAUGGAGGGGUUGCAGAAGGUUUUUCGUAGUGGGAUAUCACAGGAUGGAAACAGUAGCUUAACCUCUAUUUCUUCUUUUCUUGAUAAUUCAACCUCAAAAUCAACUGGCUCUGCUUCUGUUUCAUCAGUUGACCAGUCUCAACUCUUGCUUGCUCGCUCUCCCAGACAAGUGGUAUCAUUAUGGACCUGCUCAAAACUCUGUGCCAUUUGUUUUGUUGCUGGAGUAUUUGUUGGCUAUACAUUGAAGCGUAGGGUGCAUCAAUGGGCUUCCAAACUUCUCAGGAGACUGAAGGACGAAUAACUUUAUGAUAUUUAGAGUUUAUGAUUCUCUCUCUUUUUUUUUUUUUAGGUAGCUUGUGAUUCUAUUUUCAAUUAUGCAUGCCAAAUGUCCAAAUGUGAUGAUACUGAUUUUCUGUGUUGCAUAAAUUUUUUUGUCUGAAUGUUUGCUGAUCAAUGAUAGGGCACAAUGGAAGAAAAAGAUCCAUCUAGGUGAUAGCUACUAGUUGAGGUUAGGUUUUAGACUCGUAUGAAACUUUUUUUUAAUUAUUAAUAUUAGUAUUAUUUAUAUACAUUUUUAACGUA